GCGCGAGCCGAAACCAGUUCACAGUUGUCGGGGAGAGGGACGCUGGGAGAGCCUCUAUAUGUCCGAAAAGAGACUUUUUAUGGUGCUGAAAGUCCAGAAAACAAGAAAAGAGAGGGAGCCCUUUAGAACCGAACAAGCGGAGCAGGGCACAUGGAAACAUUAUGCGUCUGGACAGACGGCGGUGGACUUUCCCAAAGUUUUAGUCGCGCAAAGAGGCAAAGUGAGGCGAGAUAAACAUGCUCUCUCCGAUGCUGGCCUCAUUUCUGCCUCUUCUCCUUCUCUGUCGGAUUUCUUUCUGUCAGUAUUCAAGCGACCAGUGCAGCUGGAGGGGCAGCGGGUUAACCCAUGAAGGCCACACCAGGGAUGUGGAGCAGGUGUACUUGCGCUGCUCGCAAGGCUCUCUGGAAUGGCUCUACCCCACCGGAGCCAUCAUUGUCAACCUGCGGCCCAACACCAUGUCGCCCGCCGCUGCCCGCCUCUCUGUCUGCAUCAAACCCUCUAAGGACUCCAGUGGGACAAACAUCUACCUGGAUCGCAAUGGGAAGCUGCGGCUGCUUCUGCGAGAGGAGGAGCAGGCUGAGGGGAAGGUGCACUGCUUUAGCAUCCAGGAGGGGGCGCUUUUCAUUGAGGCUAUUCCGCGUACGGACAUCAGCCGGCGGAUUACGGCAUUUCAGUAUGAGCUGGUCAGCGACAGGCUGAGAGAGGAGGCUCAGUCACCUGCUGCACCCUGUCGACCCUGCACUGAUGCUGAGAUGCUCCUAGCCGUCUGCACUAAUGACUUUGUGGCACGAGGCAUCAUUAAAGAUGUGGGCCUGGAGGAGGAGCACUCCCAGGUGUCUGUGGAGAUCAGUCGACUCUACAGACAGAAGACCCGUGUCUUUUUGUCAGGGGGUGUGAGGGUACGAAGCUGGACAGGCAACAUUAAAAUGCCGAUGCAGUGUAGGGUGAAGCCUGGAGACGGAGAGUUUCUUUUCACCGGGACAGUGAGGUUUGGGGAGGCCUGGAUGGGCUGUGCUCCUCGCUACAAAGACUUCCUGCGGUUGUAUCGCGAGGCAGAACUCCAGGGGACGAACCCAUGCCAUGUGGACACUGACUGAAUGACUCAUUAGCUGCCCACAUUUGGAAACAGACAUUUUGUCAAUUGUUGAGGAUGGCUAAACUGAAAUUUCAAGCCAAGAAAAAAAAAAA